AGCCUGAAUGCUGUGGGCAGCCGUGGCCCCAGAUUCACUUUGUGUGUUGGAGGGAGGAAGUGCUGCAUCGGCUCCUCGCCCGCUCCCUGGACUCCUGCUACCUCCAGACAACCGGGAAUCACUUGCUGCAACUGUGCAGUUUCUUUGUUGUUCUUUGGGGGAGUGGGGUCAGCGGACAUUGUUCCCGACCCAGGCGCACUCCCACUAGCUCUUGUUUCGGAUACCUGGGAAAUGGUGCUGUGGAUGCCUUCUCCAGCCUAAACCCAGCCUUUUGUUGAGGUGUUUUGGAGACAGGAAGCCAGUUGGAUGAACACUUUCUGGAUUUGAAUUCGCAUUCCAAGCUGAGACACACUAGGAAACAUGGUGCCCCUGCAAAAGAGGGAUCAGUUUGACAACUUGGAGAAGCAUACACAGUGGGGGAUCGAGUUUGUGGAGAAGUACACCAAAUUUGUAAAAGAGAGAUCCGAGAUCGAGAUCAACUAUGCAAAACAAAUUAGGAAUUUAUCAAAGAAAUAUCAACCCAAGAAGAACUCGCGAGAAGAUGAGGAAAGCAAGUACACCGUCUGUCGAGCCUUCGUGACGACACUCAACGAGCUAAAUGACUACGCGGGUCAACACGAGCUGAUAUCGGAGAACCUGACGUCUCAAAUCAUCACCGAACUUACGCGCUUCCUGCAGGAACUCAAGACUGAGAGGAAAACGCACUUCCAUGAUGGCCGUAAAGCACAGCAGCACAUCGAGAGCUCGUGGAAACAGCUGGAAUCUUGUAAAAGAAAAUUUGAGAGGGACUGCAAAGAGGCCGACAGAGCACAGCAAUACUUUGAGAAGAUGGAUGCUGACAUUAACGUGACUAAGGCUGACGUGGAAAAGCGAAGUUCCCACAAGGCACGACAGCAAGCUCAGGUGCGGCACCAGAUGGCUUCUGACAGCAAGGGCGACUACUCCGCCUACCUGCAGAAGUUCAACCAGGAACAGAAUGAACAUUACUACACAGUCAUACCCAGCAUAUUCCAGAAACUUCAAGACAUGGAGGAGAGAAGAAUCGAGAGGGUCGGAGUGUGCAUGAAGACCUUUGCAGACGUAGAUCGCCAAGUGCUGCCCAUUGUGGGGAAAUGUUUAGACGGCAUGACGAAAGGCGCUGAAUCCAUUGACCCCAAGACUGAUUCACAGCAGGUGGUGGAGUCCUAUAAGUCUGGGUUCGAGCCCCCGGGGGAUGUGGAGUUCGAGGACUACGGCCAGGCCAUGAAGAGGACGGCGUCUGAAACCAGCCUGUCCAACACCAGAGAGGCCAAGGAGAGGCCUGCUGGCAAGAGCAAGGGCAAACUGUGGCCGUUCAUUAAGAACAAGAACAAGCUUAUGUCCCUGUUAACGUCCCCCCACCAGCCCCCACCUGCCCCCCCAGCCUCAUCCCCGCCCUCACCCUCUGCUGUUCCCAACGACCCCCAGUCUCCCAAGCAGCACAAGGAGCCCCUCUCCCACCGCCUCAACGACUUCAUGACCUCCAAACCCAAAAUGCACUGCCUCCGGAGCCUGAGGCGAGGGCAACAGUCGCCGCGCUCGCUCAUUUGUCACAAAGAGCUAAUGAAGAGGACUCUGGGCCGACCCACAUAUGCUUUCGAGGCCAGGCAAUAUGUUCUUUCUCUGAAGCUGAUCACACUCAAUUCCCAAGUCCGGAAUCUCAUUGAGGGUUCUGGACCAGAGGACUUCAGCCACCUGCCGCCAGAGCAGAGGAGAAAGAAGCUGCAGGGCAAGAUAGACGAAUUAAACAAAGACAUUCAAAAAGAAAUGGACCAGAGGGAUGCUUUGACUAAGAUGAAAGACGUGUACGUGAAGAACCCUCAGAUGGGAGACCCGGCCAGCGUGGACCCCCGGCUAACAGAAAUAGGCCAGAACAUCGAGAAGCUCCAGUUUGAAGUGCAGAAAUUCGAGGGCUGGUUAGCGGAGGUGGAGGAGAGGAUGCCGUCCAAGAGCGACUCGCACCGCAGGAGUGGAAUCUACGAGACUCAGAACAGCACGACAGUGAGCAACAACUGCGCGCAGGACAGGGAGAGGCCCUUGAGCAGCCCGGACGGCAGCUACACGGAGGAGCAGAACUCAGAGACUCAGGUCAAAGUCAACCCCGCCCCCAACCCCGCCCCCGCCCCCGCCCCCGCCCCCCACUCCAUCACGCCGGACUUCGACGACGAGUUCGACGACGACACCCUGCCCACCAUCGGCACCUGCAAAGCCUUGUACCCCUUCGAAGGUCAGAACGAGGGCACCAUCUCCUUGGUGGAGGGGGAGCUGCUGUACGUGAUAGAGGAAGACAAAGGCGACGGCUGGACGCGGGUUCGCAGGAACGAGGAGGAGGAGGGAUACGUCCCCACAUCCUACGUCGAGGUCUUUUUGGAAACUAAUGCCAAAGGUGCUAUGACAUACAUCUAAAUCAGCAAGCAAGUGCGUUUUGUUACCGUGAGCCCGUGCGUUUCCACUCAUGAACACUCAUAAACACGUCGGGGAGGUUAUAGAGAUAAGAUAAAUUCUCCCACACACUCCUCAUGUCUCCUGCGGAGGGAAGGACCUGUCAGAUUUGUCCAUUGUGCCUCAUGACAGUUGUGACAGUUGUGUGGGCGUUUGUCACUUUGCACUGUUUGUGAGCUCUGUGCAAAACACAGCUGGGCCACAUGUUGUUUGCUAGAAGCUUGUAGUUCCUCAUCGCUCACUCACUGCAGUGCCACCUAGUGGUUGUUUAAAGAAGCCACCUCCUCUCAAAGCAUAACAGGGCAAAUCACCAGUCUCCUGUACAUUUCAAACACACAGUACUUGAUUUGUGUUUUGCUUGUAAGCGUUGCAGUAUCACCUCCAACUCACCGCGCUUUUAAUCACACGCCGAUCACGGCGGUCGGGCAGAACCAUCACGGCGCGGUUCUGGUUGAUUCGGUCCACCUCCUGCUCCUCAAAGGAAAGCAUGCUCCAUGUGCAAUCGUGCAAAUGUAAUUUAAACAUGCUGUAAAUUGUGAAUAAAUAUGAAAAGAUAUUUUUGUAGGUUAAACAAUAGAAAAUAUUAUUGCACCCGCUCAAGUGUUGCAUGCUGUAAGUUGAUCAUAGUGCUGUUGAAACAUAAGAUCAAGUUGUAAGAGCGAUCCUUGAUUUGGGUUAAAUUUAUUCAAUAAUCGCAUUAGUGACUAAUUGUUAUCUCCUGCUGUUUUUUUGAACCUUUUAAUAAGUUUCGGCUGUUCUCAGACCAGCGCUAAGGCAGUAAAGAUGUCUGGUAGGACAAAUGAAGCUGGUCUUGACUUAGCUUUGUGGUUUCCUGCAUGGGUCUCUGAGCUGCACCUCCUCCAGGGGUGCAUUUACUAAAAGCAUGGUGUCUGUGUCCUUCACAGUCUGGUCAGCUUCCUGCAGCUCUUACAUCAGUCAUGCAUGAGCCUGCGUUUAACUUAACACACUCUGCCGUCCGGCGAGGAUUCGUAGGUGCGCAUAUUGUGCAUUCGGAAGAGAAAAGCAUUUUACGUACAUUACGUGGAAUCAGAUCAGUGCUGUAGACAAUGGAGGCUUUUCACACACACAAAAGCCGACAGCUUUCUGCUGACCUCAUCGUUUUAUCUGUCUCAUUGAGAACUGGGUUUCUGUACUUUCAUCAGAGUUUUUAAACCCAUCUAACUUUGCUUUUUGUCAUUUGUUUUGUGUGUUUGUAUUUUCUUUUUUUUUUUUAAUUGCAGAUUCCUAAACUCGCGAGGCUGGCUGAGGAAUGACAGGGCAAGCAGCCUCGGAGAAAACCACCACGCUCCUCACACGUCACACACAGCGUCCGAGACAGAGCCAAACCGCACCUGAAUCUGAAAAAGAGACACAAUUGGGAAACGCGUCUCAAUUUCCAAACCCUAGUAGAAACAAACAACAAACACCUGCGAUUUCAAGCAACAAUAGGAGAAAUUCAUCAUUUAUAGACACAGCGUUUAGCAUCUAUUUUCAUUUCUAACACUCAUCCAGGAGUCUCAACCACAUCCAAUUUGCUGUUUUGUUGCAAAGCUUUGCUUCUCAGUGUAACUAACUCUGCUUGCACCACGCGCUCCAGAACGUGGCUGCUGGCAUCUGGAAUCCCCCCCAAUCUACACACACACACACACACACACACACACGCACUGGUGUGGUCAGAGACAGGACAAAAAGCUGCGGGAGGAGGGAGGAACGUCCAUUGUGUGUGUGUGUGUGCAUGUGUGUGUGAGUCGUUAAACUCUAACUCCAGUAUUGACUCAAGAGAAUCACUCUGAGCUCAUCCAUCUACAAACGAGCCUGAAGACCUCGUCUGUCUGAAAUCAGCUGCAUUUGCGGGUGUCACCGACUGGAUCGUGCACCUCUGUACCGUUGGACGUGAAUGCCUGUAGAUGUUUGUGUCAUUGUUCUGCUUUCUACACGCCCACUUUCAGAACCACCUGGAAGGGGUGAAGGUGCCAGACGCCGGGCCGGUCACCCCCCCCCCCCCCCCCCCCCCUCUUUAUUUUUCCAUCCACCACUUCUUGCCUUGCCAGUCGCGUCGGUUCCUCUCUCUGACCACACCUCCCCCUCCACCCCCCUCCCCCCUUCACGGCCUUUCCCUCCUCGGGCGGCUCGGGCUAAUAUCCCUCGGCUGCUUUGAGCUUCCUCACUGUGUCGCCACAGCCUGGGGGGCGGGGGUCCCCUCGGCGGGCGCUGUGGUGCGCUGGCUGCAUGCUUGCCCUGUCUUCCUCCUCGCCCCUGUGCUGGCAGCUCGGAGCGGCCGCCUGCAGCCUCCAGCCUUUCUAUUCAGUUAACCCUCAUUGCCUGGUCAUACUGUUUGAAUUAACAGCUACUGUUUGGGUUCAGUGCCUGUGGUUUUUUUUAUAUACACUUCUAUUUUCUGUUCAGUUCAGAAAAGCAUGUUUCCCUUUCUUUAACCUCAUUGUUCCCAGUGUAAUCUGACAGAAAUGGGGGUUGGAACCGUCGUUUACCGAAUGGUCUUUUGCAUAAAGUAGGUAGCUCAUGGAUGUCUUGUGAAUUUGUUUUGCUCUAAGUUCACAGUACAGUGGAACUGUUAGUAUUGUAUGUUUUGAUCAGAGCGUCUAAUGCAAGUUGUGGUUAGUUUACAGUUAAAUCACCGUGUGGAGGUGCUUCCUCAGUCGUUUCAGAAAUGAAACCUACAGUAUGAAGUUGGGAGUCACCUGAUGCUUUAUUAAGGUCUUCCUACUGCCUAAUGCUUAUGAAAACAUACUGUGAUUCACAGUUUUUUGUGGAUUUUGACUGAAUUUUGAGUGAGAUUUUGGGCCACCUGUUACUCAUUCUCGACUGAACGAGUGAUGCUGUAUCUGUGAACUGAUCGAAAGGAUGAGGAAGCGAUGAUCCCAGAGGUUAAACACAAAGGAUGUGCACUGGCUUCACUCUCAGCGGCACAUAAUGUACAUGUUAACAUUUUGCUUUUCUAUUUGACGACAUUGUGUUUCUGUUUUUAUUUUAAGCUGAAAUCUUGUAGCUUUUCUGCCUGGACAGGACUUAAAAACGUCCUUUAACUGCGAUUAUGAGUAACAAUUACAUUGUUUAUGUUUUUGGGUGACACCAUUGUGAGAGAAUUCAAACACUUGGAAACGGAUACAUGACGGACUGAACGAUGAUGUGCACUGUUGAGUGAAGCAAUGAUCAGAUCCCUGUUGUAUUGAGAUUUUCCACCCGUCACUCAACUUAUCAAACAGACCUUUUUUGCUUGUUACAUUUUCUGAGCUAUAAGAAGAAUCAGAUGAGACACAGACGGUGGCGCCUGCCGCUGCUCUGCAACAACAACCGCCACAAACCUUUUAGUCGAUGCCCCUGAAUAACCUGCCUGUACAGUGGAAAUGGCGCGAUGGAAUCAGAGAGAAUAUAUAUGAAUAUAUAAAUAUUGAAAUUUAAAAAGGAAAACAUCUAUUUUAACUAUUGAAAGUCUUACACUUUAUCUGCUUUGCUAAGUGAGACUUCUUUCCUUUGUAAGGUCUACCAAAUGGUGUGUUUUGCACUUUUUUUGUUUGUGUUCCAUGUGGUAGACCAUGCUUGUGUUCUGGAGCACUGAAAACAUUGUAUUGUGUUUACCGUGCCAAUUAAAUAUGCCUGGAAAAUAAA